UAUCUAGAGGAAUAGCUGUUAGUUCCAUUAAAUGUAAACUACUGUUGCUUUAAUUUAAACUAAUGUAACCAAAUAACAUUAAAUUAAUAUCCAACAGGAAUCCACUUUGGAGUGUGGUAAAUUGGUGAAAAAUAUUGAAAUGCUUAAUGAGAAGACCGAAAAAUUAAAAAUUGAGAUAGACGAGAAAAAAAUGGUAAAUACUAUUAAAAAUAAAAUAUUCAUAUUUUCAAGUACAUUAAUAGUGUUCUUAAUUUCAAGUAUGAAUUAUCGCAAUUGUUUUAUUUAUAGCUUUUAGAACAAUCUUUGAUCGAACAACAAAACUUGAAAGAUCAAGUUUUGGCCUUGGAAGAGCAGAAAUCUGAGAUUGCCGUUGAACUCAAUAAUGCUACCCAGGAAUUGGGAUUGAGAUCCUUUAAAAUUGAGGAGUUAACUUCAACCAUCCAGGAGUUACAAGCAAAGAUGGCCGACUUGGAAACUACCCUAGAGAACAAUAAAGCCGAUAACGUUCACAAAAUCGAAGAGAUUAGUAUCAUAUUGGAAACUAAAGUAAAACUUAUUGAAGAGAAAGACAAAGAGCUGGAUUGUAAAGCAUCUACCAUCAACCAACUCAUGUCUGAUCUUAAGAAUGGUACCGAUGCUCGAAUUAAAUUAGAAAAUAAUAUAGAGAAAAUGAAGAAGGGUAUGGAAACUGAUAAGAAUAUUGCAAAAGAGAAGGAAAAUACUUUGACGAAGAAAAUAGAACAAAUGGAGAAUGCUGCUAAAGAAAGAGAAAUUGAGCUAUCUAAACAAAUGUCCAUAAUUUUGGAGACCCGUAAGGAAAAGGAUCGACUGCAAGAAAGGUUGAAAACCAUGCAGAACACAAUAGAUAAUAUCGAAAAAGAAGUAACAGGGCGCUCUGCCUCGCAGUCGACGCGCCGGCCCGCUGAAUUAGAUGAUAAUGCAGGAAUAAUAAAGUCAGCACCAGAAAUUAAGAAAGUUGGCAUCCCUGCAACGAAGAAAAUCCAGAAGUCAUCUGGGUACACAGCGAAAGAACAAUCCAAGAAACUGGAAAGCACACUCUAUAAUUUUUUUAGCGACAGCGACAUGGAAAACGAGCUAAUGGCUGACCCAGCGCAAAUAAAUCGUCAUUUUGAUGCAAUGACACGUGGCGAAAGGGUCUCACCUUUGAUCUUUAAACGGCGUGGAGCUUUUGAUGAAGAAAUAUCUCUGUCUCAAUUGAAAGAAGCAAAGAACAAACGCUCCAUAUUCAAAAACAAGCAACUGGACAACAAAGCCAAGAAGUUAAAGCCUAACGAAUAAAUAAUUUCGUACAAUUUCUGGAUUACUCAACGAACUCUAAGCUAGAUUGGUUGACUUGUUUUUAUCAAUAUUUUUUUGUUUUAUGAUAUGUUAAUUGUUCAAUCUUUUUAAUUCUAACCAAAUUAAUACCCAUUUAAACUUGAACCAAAUUUGCAGCACCCUGAACAUUUAGUUGAUUUGUUCCUAGAAUAUUGAUUGUUUUGUUCUUACUUUGUAAUACUUGAAAUGGAUUUGAAAUUAACUAAAUUUUUAACUUAAAAUAGCUUGUAUUAUUUUAUUUAUAAUACUUAUAAUAAUCAUGGAAAGUAUUAAUUAAUAAGUAAAGAUAAUGGUCUAACAACUCUAACUUUCUACGAUACGAUUCAUAGAUGUUAGGAUCCUAUAGAUGUAGAUGUGCUAUACGCGU